GCUCAGGCCCCGGCGUCGCCCACAGCUCGGCGUAGCCAUGGAGAGCGGGGGGCGGCCCUCGCUGUGCCAGUUCAUCCUGCUGGGCACCAGCUCGGUCGUCACCGCCUUCCUCUACUCCGUGUACCGGCAGAAGGCCCAGGUCGCCCACGAACUCAAGGGAGCCAAAAAAAUCCACUUGGGUGAAGACCUAAAGAGUAUUCUUUUGGAAGCACCAGGAAAAUGUGUGCCCUACGCUGUGAUCGAAGGCGCUGUGCGAUCGGUGAAAGAAACUCUCAACAGUCAGUUUGUGGAAAACUGCAAGGGAGUGAUUCAGCGCCUGACACUGCAGGAGCACAAGAUGGUGUGGAAUCGAACCACCAACCUUUGGAACGACUACUCAAAGAUCAUCCACCAGAGAACCAACACGGUGCCCUUUGACCUGGUGCCCCAUGAGGACGGGCUGGACGUGGCCAUCCGAGUGCUGAAGCCUCUGGACUCGGUGGACUUGGGCCUGGAGACUGUGUACCAGAAGUUCCACCCCUCGGUGCAGUCCUUCACGGAUGCUAUCGGCCACUACAUCAGCGGGGAGCGGCCCAAAGGCAUUCAGGAGACAGAGGAGAUGCUGAAGGUUGGGGCCACCAUCACGGGGGUGGGGGAGCUGGUCCUGGACCACAACUCCAUCCGCCUCCAGCCCCCCAAGCAGGGCAUGCAGUACUACCUGAGCAGCCAGGACUUCGACAGCCUGCUGCAGAGGCAGGAGUCCAGCGUCAAGCUCUGGAAGGUCCUGACACUGGUGUUCGGCUUUGCCGCCUGCGCCACCCUCUUCUUCAUCCUCCGAAAGCAGUACCAGCAGCGGCAGGAGCGGCUGCGCCUCCGGCAGCGGCAGGAGGAGUUCCAGGAGCACGAGGCCCAGCUGCUGCGCGGCGCCGCGCCGGAGGAUAGGGAGAGUCUGAAGAGCGCCUGCGUUGUGUGUCUGAGCAGCUUCAAGUCCUGCGUCUUCCUGGAGUGCGGGCACGUCUGCUCCUGCGCCGAGUGCUACCAGGCCUUGCCGGAGCCCAAGAGGUGCCCCGUCUGCAGGCGGGAGAUCACCCGAGUAGUCCCCUUGUACAACAGCUAGUUGGCCCGUAGAAGCCAGGCUGCCAGCUCUGGAAAUGACACCCACCCACCCCACCCCCUUUCAGCGACUUUGAUCCAAGACCUUGAAGAGAGCAGCAUGGGGGUGGCUGUCAGUCUCCAGGUGUGAGGAGGGGAGAACUGACCCCCUAUCCAGCCGCACACAGCAGGUGGUCUGCCCACCCAAGGGAGAGCCCUUCCCAGGAACUCGGGAGGCGAGCCCAUGACCUUCAGCGCCUUACUCUCCUGCCUCUGGCCCUGUCUGCGGGACUGUUUCGGCCUGUGGACGUGUGGUGGGCCGAGGCCAAGGGGGGAGGCGCAGACAGGUCUGAGGUGCUGGUGCCUGCCAAGCUGAUGCUGAAGACACUUCGUCCUAGUCUGCCCUUCUUUUGCUUAAAAGCCAGAAAAAUGUGUGCUUUGCCAUUUUCAGGUGGGACAUGUGAGCCUGCCUCUCUGCUGCUCAGUGUGCGCAGGGACACAGGUGGGUGCAAUGCUGCAUACCUGCCGUCCACCGAGUGAAGGUCUCGUGCUCAUGUGAGGGGAAGCUGGAGUGAUGGCUGGGAGGGCAGUGAGCACACACUUGGGGCCUGCGGGUGUCGAGGGCUGCCUGUCUCCUGAGGUCCUAGCCCGAGACUGGGAUGUAAAGGCCUCACCACCCAAAGGAAGCAGUCUGGCCGAGGCUACCCUCACUGCCCUCACCUGCGUUUCAGGCCAGCCAGCUACAUGAGCAGAGCCCCACCUCUGCCUGCCCUUCCCCAGCCUGGGGUGCGGGGGGUCGGGGGGACGCAUGCUCAGAGGCCAUACACAUGGCUUGUUUCCCUCCCCCCACUCCCAUUUUUGGCUCUUGGAAUAGUGGUCCCGGGGUCCUGUGUGCAAUGGAAGAAGAGGGCUUCUUGGUGGCUGCUCUUGCACUACACAGCAUCCAGCGGGGACAGCACAAAUGAAAUGUCCAAACCAA